AUGGCGCCUUUCGAGUUCAAUUCCACUACCCAUUUCCUCGCUUCAUACGACUCCACCACGAUCGACGUCUACGAGCUGAUGAUUUCGUCAACAAGCUCACCGCCGUCAGCGGUCAGAGCCACCGACUGCAAGCUCGUCACAAUUAUCGCGACCUGUAGCCGCGACCAGCUGGAGGAGAAUCAAUACGACGCCCUGAAGCUGUUCGACGAGGAGAUCGCGGGACGGGACCUAAGGAAUCUGGCGGAAGACCUCUCCCAGUCCCAUUUCUACGUCAACCCACUUGGCAACACCUUCAUAGACGUAUCCGGCGGCGGCGGAGGAUUCGUCGACCCGGCUUUUGGGGUACAGUUCUUCAGAUUAAACGACACCUUCAACUGGUCCCAAUACGGCGCCGUUAACCCCCCUCCGCCGUCUUCAGUCGCCAAUCUGUGGGACACCCGCCACGGAUUCCCCUGCCGCAGCGGCGAGAAGAGCGAGGCGAUCGUCGAUUACAAAAAGCAAUUGAAGGAGAAGGACGAGAAAUUGGGGGAAUUGAAGACUCAAUUGAAAUCCAAUACCCUAGAUCUGGAAUCGGCGAAGAGGGAUCUGGAGAAGUACCAAAAGUGGUGCUACGAUUUCAGGUACAGGUACCGCGACACGAUCUCGGCCUCCGAGGCGCCGGCGAAGAUCCGGCGGCGGCGGGUGAAGGUUGCGAGAUCGACGUUCCUGGCCCUGUCGCCGCCGGCGGUGCCGAUCAGUCCCGUGCAGUGUCGGGUUCCGUCGUUUAAGGAGGAGGCGAUCGACGCGUUCUGGCUGUUGGACGAGGAUUGCGGUGGGUUGCCUCCGCCGCCGGCGGUACAGGUGUGGAGCGCCGACGGGAAGUUUGAUGCGGAGAAUUGGUGGUGUAUCAAGGCGAAUCGGAGGGUGCAAGGUGGUGGGGAGACGACGAUGCUGGUGUAUUACGACGGCGAUUUCGAUUACGCGGUGAUUGAUAAUCCGAUGACGUCGAGAAAGGAGCGGGUUUCGGUGCCGUAUAAGGUGAAGAACGGGGAGUUCGCGGCGGAUCGGAAUUUCAGCCUCGGGUAUUUUCCUUUUACUUGGGAGGUCAGGGUUGUGUUUACUUACCGCUGGUAA